AUGGCAAAGCUUCCUGCAGACUCGUACGAAGACCAGAGAGGAGUUGUCAUCGGCUCCGUAGUCUUCUGUAUCAUGUUUCCUACCACGCUGGUGGGUCUACGGAUUUACACGAGAACAAAGGUCAUUGAACUGUUCGGCAUUGAUGACGUUCUUGCUAUCGCUGGACUUUUGGCUUUGAUAGGCUGUGGAACUGCUAUUGCAGCAAUGACUGAACAUGGCCUCGGGAGACAUAUCUCAACACUGGACAAAGCAGAGAUCCCGGAGUACCUUCACACCUUCUUUGUCUCCAUCGUCUUCUACAACAUUGCGCUUCUCUGUAUAAAAUUGUCUUUUCUGUUCCAGUAUUACCGAAUCAUGGCUGUUCCGAAGAUGAGGAGAAUUUACGCUGUCGCAAUCGUCGUGGUUGGGGCAUGGGCCGUUUCCCAGCUUCUCAUCGCUACCUUCACCUGUAUACCCGUCGAAGGGUUCUGGGACAAGGCCAUCAAGGCAUAUUGCAUCCCUAACCAGCCACAGUGGUAUGUGAAUGCGGCGGGAAAUAUUGCCACCGAUGUCGCCGUCUUUGCACUUCCUCUGCCCAUAUUUUGGCAUCUUAGUCUCCCCAGGAAGCAGAAGCUGCUCCUCAUGGGGAUAUUCAGCCUCGGAUUUUUUACUGUGGCCGUCUCUAUUGUCCGCACCAAAUAUCUCAGCAUUCAACAGGACUUCACCUGGACCAAUGUGGAAGCUUCUCUCUGGUCGCUUGGAGAGAUCUCUUCAGCCGUUACCUGCGCCUGCCUUCCGACUCUGCGACCCCUCAUGACCAAACUGUUCCCGAGGAUGAUGGCUAGGGUGAACUACUCCUUGCACUCAGACACUCGUGGCACCCGCGAUACCCGUGGCACAUUCCCCACGAGUGCGUAUCCACCAGCCAUCGUCAAGCCCGACGUGGAGAUGGCCACCACGGAGUCGGCUGUCUCAAGCGCGCGGUCGAGCCACGCGAAGGAAGACAAGUCCGCCACCCACGUGUCGCCUUAUUCAAACCAGCACCAGACCGCUUCGACCGAAAGUAUUUUUGGUUUGGCAAGUGUACGAGAGGACGCAAUCACCCCCGUCAAAUCGAACUUCAGCCCCACGAGCCCCAGACCGACAUGGUCCCCUUCUUCCAGCAAAGGAUCUCAGGGCCGAAGAGAGAUACGCUGA